AUGGAGGAACAAACACCCAAUACGUUCAAAUUCACCAUCGCGCACUCGACGCUGCCACUUGAAGCCAUCGGCAAGGGCUUCUGUGGCUCUGUGUGGUCCGCGGGUAGCCUCGCUAUCAAGCGGGAGGAUGGCGGUCCAGGUCGUUCUAUCGCAAACGAAUACACCAUGCAUCGCCACAUCGUCCGAACCUUGGAUGAUACCAGCCUUCUCAAUGUACCUCACUGCGAAGGCUUCUUGAAACACGAGGCGACUGCCUGGGAUCAAAUGCUCCCAAGAUUUCCCGCCGGGUAUACAGGCUGUAAUGCACUGAUCAGCGAGAAGAUUCCACCACUAUCUCGCGAUGUUCGCAAGCUGUUGGCCCAAAAGUUUCACCCAAACGUGAAUCCGGAUGAGAUUGCCGAUAGCUCAACAAACAGCCACUGUCUCGCUCGGCCUUACUUGGGGCGCAGAAAGCUCCGGAGUACAGACACCAAUCAAGAUCGGCCUAGACUGAGAUUCUUCAGUCUAAGAAACUUCCCACUUCACGUCGAUCAGAUGGAGACUCUCAAGCUGGAUCUUGAAGGGUACGCCGUAGCCAUGGCAGAGGCUCUCGCAUUCCUGCACUGGUCCGCAAAAGUUGACGCCAAUGACGUUGAGUUUGUGCUUGCAAACCCAAGGACAGGCCAUGUGCCACCCAGCGCAGCCCCCACGACAUCAAGCUUUGGUCCUGCAGUCUUCCAUUCAGAUGAGUUUGGCCCUCAUGCUAUGUGGAUCCUGGACUUUGAUUGCUGCAGGAUAAUGACAAUGGACGACAACGGAAUCAAGCAAGCUUGCAGAAGCUUUUGGCGGAACGAUCCUUACUAUCCGCGGCCUGGCAGCAACAACGCAAAGGAUCAGGAACUCUGGGCUGUAUUCCGGACUCACUUCCUGACCGCUAGCGAGAGAAUUUUGGAGGGCAAAGAGGAAGAUGUGCGUCGGCUGCCAUUGAAAUUGAUGGAGUGUAUCGAGGAGACAAGGGGAAGGUUCACCAAGGGAACAGGUUUCUGGUAG